AUGCCGCCCAUUUACCGUAUACCCUCUCACUGCCUACUAUUACUGUUAGCUACCGUAAUCCUACCUACAGUAAUCUCACUCCAGUGUACUGUAUGCGAUUAUCGAUAUCAGGCCCCAUACGAUUCGUCUUGUAAUACCACUUGCGAAGGCGACGCUUGUUUUAUAGUUGUUAACAAAUAUUUUAACGCCACAAUCAAUGCGGGAUGCUUUCAUUUUUGGGAAAACGGAACUUUUGUCGAUGAGGCGAUUUGUCAGAGAGGACCCCACGACAAUCGAUGCGCCUGCUCAACCAAGGAUUACUGUAACAGUCCAAACGUCUCGAUCUCCUCCUACGUCUUCACAGAACAACAAAUCCUACCAUCCAUGCAAUGGUUACCCCUUAUUCAACCCCCUGGACCAGUAGUCCAACCCAUUCGACCACCUCAAGAUAUCAGCGAUUUAAAUGCCACGGCCACCGAACUCGAGAAUGGGGUAGAGGACGAUUUGGCGAGUGAGCUGGAAAAUUCUAGUCCAAAAAGAACAACAAAUGAGAUACUCAAAAACGAAGAAAACGACGAUGUACUGACAGUGACGACAACGAUUGGAUUGAAUGUUCGAGAUCAUUCUCAGAGAACAAAUUCUGAAAAUUCGGGGCAUACUGUAGAAAAUAAGGAUCAGCAAUUUCACCCCUGGCCAAGGAUCCGUCGAAAUAACCAAAGUGACUCAAGAGGCCAAAAAUCCAAUAAAUCGAAAUUUGACGACUUCUGA